ACAUGUAGUGCUAUUUGGGACACGGCCCCCUCAGGACUGCGGUUGUUGUUGAACAGUGGUGUUUAGUCUUCUUGAGAAGUUGUGCUCUACAGGGUGACUGAUAUCAUGGCUCAGGAGUUUGUCACAGCCCAGAUUAAAGGAGACAAAGUGGUUGUUUUUCUGAAACCUUCGUGUCCUUACUGUGUGCUCGCUAAAGACGUGCUGUCCAAGUACAGCUUCAAAUCCGGGCAUUUAGACUUCAUUGACAUCAGCGCUCGAGACAACAUGGCCGCCAUUCAGGAUUAUUUCCAGCGCGUUACAGGCGCUAGGACCGUGCCGCGUGUGUUUAUAGGCGAGGAGUGUAUCGGAGGAGGCAGCGACGUGGAAGAGCUUGACAGAAGUGGAAAACUAAAAGGCAUGCUGCAGAAAAUCGGAGCACUGCAGUAACAAGGCGGCAACUCCGGGAGGUCACAUGAUGCUGCAGCGGGACUUGCGCAGCUGCCGUCUGCGUUGCUGGUACUCGCUGAGCUCCUGCAGGUAGCCUCUGGAGGGCCAGCGCAGCCGCUCCACCUGCUCCCGCUCCUCCUCUGUCCAACAGCAGCACUGUGACCAUGAAGAAGACACAGCAACACCCCCUCACCCCGCCAAUACCCACGCAAUGCCUGUUCACCAUAUACCUUAUGCUCUUUCUAUAAUAUUAACUGCUAAAACACAUUGAGACAGUACAUGAUGAUAAACCUGCAUUAAUGUAUAGCACUUGCAUGUUGUCAUGGAUCUCCUGUAAGACAGAAGCCAUCUUUUGCAUCUAUUUUUUUAAUGAUCUGUUUUAUGUUAAAUGUUAUGGGUUGAAAUACAUUGAAAUGUCUGUUAAAGUACCCCUGAACAUGUUAGAAAUCAGUAAAAAAAAAUAAAAAAAUAAUGUGUGAAGAAUAAAAAAA